CAACCCUCGCUAUCUCUCCCUCUCUCUCACCCUCGAUCUCUCCAAUGGCUGAUUCAAGUACUCCUGUUAAUCAACCAAUUACGGUGCCAUCUGAGUCAACUCAUGCCAAUCAACCCCUGCAAAACCAGGGCUCCAGCCCCCAGCUGCCGCCGCAAAACCUUAACCAUCAACUCUCAGGCGCAGCUGAGUCUAUCCAACAACUAAUCGCAUCGCUGCCACCUGAGGCUAACUCGGCCCUUAAAUUAUUAUCUAUGGCGUCGACACAAUCAAACCCAUCACCACCAAAACACGACGCCUCCGCAAUAUUCAACUUCAGGCCUGAAUUUCCUUCAUUGUCACAACCCCCUGCGCCAGGCAGCCUUGGCGAGUACCUGAUGAUGAUAUUGAACCAGAGCUCCAGUUCCCAGCUGGCGGCACCAAACGUUAACAAUCAAUUACCCUCCGCAGGCUCUGAGUCGUCUAUAGAACAACAAAUCGCACGGCAGCUGCCACCUGAUCAGCGUAACUGGCUCCGUGAGUUCUUGGCUGAAGUGCAACUAAUAUCCCAAUCUCAGCUUCCGGACAGUAGAUCCCAACUCAUUCCUUUAGUUCAUGAAGCGUUGCUGCCGCGGCCUGCUUAUAAUUAUUACCCCGAUAGGGUUCUGCCACCAGCGCCUGCAUACGGCCAAACUUUGAACGAGGACUCCAACCACGAGCGGAAUGCACCCGGCCACUUCGCCAUCGACAUAGUUGAGCCAGUACCUUUGUCACAACCAUACUCAUCAACUGUUAAUGCAGCGCCUAAUUACCUGCCACCUCCUUCCGUAUCCCCACCAGUAACCCAAUACCAAUUCUCAAACCCCAUGGUUGCAGCACCAUCUUUUGGAAAUCUACCGAACCCAGUUAUGACUGUAGUACAGCCACAAAUAUUACAAGAUAUGAAAGAAACCCAACAAAGCCCUGUUCCUCCUCAACCAUCGGCACAACCACCGCCACCACCAUCACCGAAACACAGCCCAGAGCAUCAUCAGGAGAACCCAAACCCAAACCCAGUACCUUUACCUAGUCCGCAUGAACCAGUGCCAGCGCAAACAGCCCCACAACGAGGACCAUUAAUAACCCGGCCUGGCUUCGGCAAAAAAAACGUGGCAAAGACAGCACAGAAAGCAUCCAACCUGGCAAACCUUUUACCCACUGGCACAGUCCUUGCAUUUCAAUCCCUAGUACCAUCACUUUCCAACAGUGGAAAAUGCGGUAUCUUCCACAAGUACCUUAUUGGAUUCGUCAUUGCAGUUUGUGCUGCCACUUGUUUUCUCUCUUCUUUCACUGAUAGCUUCGAAUAUAACGAAAAAUUAUACUAUGGUUUCGCCACAUGCAAUGGCCUUUGCGUCUUAAACUACGAAAAUCGUGCCGACGAAGAGCCAGACAUCAGGAAGGAGUUGAAGAAGUUUUCAAUCGAAUUCAGAGACUAUAUUCAUGCAUUUGGUUCCCUCUUUGUGUUCUUGAUCUUUGCUAUUAGCAGUUCGGAGGUGCUAUCUUGUUUCUUCCCCCAAGCAGGUGAAAACGACAAGUACUCAGUUGUCGUGUAUUUGCCACUCGUGGCCGGAGUUUUAUCCAGCUUCUUGUUCUCCAUUUGUCCGACUAAACGUAAAGGGUUUGGGUACUCUGAUCAGGGUCCACGCCGCCCGUGAUGGUACUGUUCCUGCUUGCUUAAGAAACAAUAUGCAUGAUUAUAUAUAAUAAUGACGAUGUAAUUUCCUAUCCAUUAAUCAAGGAUGCAAUUCUAUUAUUAUUAUAAUGAAAUAAUUUAUAAAAUUCUCAA